GUAAUUAAUUUUUGUUUCUGUAGCGGUUCGGACGGACGCGUCGCGACGUUCGCUUGGUCCGCCAUUCGGUUCGCUUGGUUCGCCUGCCGUCGCUCUUUCUUAUUUAUUAUUAUUUUUAUUUUUAUUUGUACUCGUACAUCUGUGUAUUUGCAUUUGUGUUUGUGUUUGUAUUCAUUUUUUUUGGCUGUGUACGUGUGAGCGAGUGCGAGUGCGAGCAGUUUCCUUCUCUUGCCUUUUUCGUGGGCUCCGCCGCUGCUAAAAUGCAAAGAACACGCUCGAGAAACGUAAAUGGCGCCGCGCUAACGAAUGGAAUUGGAAUAUCAAACAGUGCCCCCCAAAGUCCCAUAUAACAAAACAACAAAAAAAAAAAAAAACGAAACACAUCAAAUAAAAGAAAAGAAGAGAAGAAAUACAACAAGCAACAAACAAACUUCGUGUUGCCCCUGCGCCUUUUUUUCGGGUGUGUGUGUGUGCCAGUGUUUGUGCUUUUGUGUAAAAAAGUUUGAAACAACAAAAAACCUAACAAAAAAAAAAAAAACAAAAAACCCGGCCGAGAAGAAAUAUUAUAAAUGAAGAAACAAGAAAUUAACACUUGCUGGAAGCUUAAUGGCAAAACAACAACAUAAAAAACUACAACAACAAAGUGAAACAAAACAACAAAAUACCUCCAGCUGUACAAAUAUUGAAUGAUAUUGAACAACUAAAAAAUAAAUAAAUACACAAAUAUGUACCAAAAUAAUCAGUAAAGUAAAACAAAAGAGAAGUCGGAAAAAAGGACUGGAGAGAAUGUAACCUAAGCUCAUUUCCCCAAAAACCCGUCCACUGAACAAAAUUACAAAAAGUGUGUUCGGAAAAUGGUUGAAAAAAUACUGAAAGAAAAGCGGUUUCAAAACGAAAGUGUGACUAGAAAUGUAUAAGACAACUACCAAGUGAACUGAAACACAAAAUACUGUAAAUUGAAGUACUAUUAUUAUUUUUGUUCUCCCUUUUUUCCUUGCAAAGUAAAGUACAAAGAACCACAAAGAAAAAAAAAAGCAAAUAACGGCAAAGAUAACAAAGCAAAUUGCAUCUGCAGGACAGCAACAACAACGAAAGAGCGAGACGGGCAUAGAAAUAAACAAACCGCUCCGGCAAUUGCAAGUGAGAGGAAGCGAGAGAGCUUGCUAAAAGAGAGUGAGAGAAAGGGCGGGAGAGAGUGCGAGCGAGCGAGAAGCUUCAUGCAGAAAAACAAGAAACAGCGCAAAACAUCUGGAGAACAUGGAGGGUGCGAGUCGCAGCAGGAACUCCUCCACGAGCCAAAGCCAAAGCCAAGGACUCGGCCAGGAUAUUGAGGAUCUCAAGCAAGACAUUCCCUACUUCGACGAUCCGCCACCACCCAUCGAUACUGAUCUUUUGGUUCUCGGCAAGAGUGAGUGUCCACUGGAUGAUCUCGGCUGGGAUCGCGAUGCGGAUGUGGAUGCGGAUGCUCCGCGCUUGGAUAACCGCAAUCGAAUGCAACCGAUCGAUCUCGACGAGGACAACUAUCCCGAUGAGAACGAGAGCUCGGCGCUGGGCAGUGACUAUGCGCCCAGUGGGAGUGGAAGCGGUGCGAAUAGCUUUUACCAAUCGCCGACUCCUUCUGGCGCCGGAUCCGGAUGCGAUGUGAUGCUCCGGCCGCCUUCCACUUCCGUCUACCACUUCAACUACCGAUCGCCGGGGAGUCCAUUGCCAGUGGGAGGAGCAUCCGGAGGAGGACCAGGAGGAGCCGGAGGUGGAUCCAAUCCCGGUCGCAUGCAUCCGUUUGCACAUUCCCCGGUUCAUGGAGCACCGCCGCCUGGCUUCUAUCCGAAUAUGUGGUAUCCGAAUGCUCCCUAUGGAUCGGGCUCAUCCGCCGCCGGAGGAUCCAUUGCGGGUGGUGGUGGCAGGUUCAUGAGCUACGGUGGAUCCAAUGCGGGAGUGGUUCCGGGCUCGGCGGGAAUGGCGGGCGGUUAUCCCGGACACUCGGGACAUCUGCAUGCGCUGCACCACCAGUAUCCGCAGCCGCAUCCGCAUCCGCAUUCGCACGGACAUCCGCACGCGCACCACCCGCAGCAUCCGCACCACCAGCCGCAUCCGCACCACCAGCAUCCGCACGAGACCAUGAUGGAGAUGUUCCAGCUCUCAAAUAAUGGUCGUGAGGCGCGAAAUCGAGCGGAGAAAAAUCGGCGGGACAAACUGAAUGGCUCCAUCCAGGAGCUUUCCACGAUGGUGCCUCAUGUGGCAGAGUCACCUCGUCGAGUGGAUAAAACAGCCGUGUUGCGAUUCGCAGCACAUGCACUGCGAUUAAAGCAUGCCUUUGGCAACAGUCUGAUGCACCAGCGACCACAAAUCACGGACACACUGAUGAACAUGCUGGACAGCUUCUUCCUGGCACUCACCUGCCAUGGCCACAUCCUGCUGAUCUCGUCCAGCAUCGAACAGCACUUGGGCCACUGCCAGACGGACCUCUACGGCCAGAGCAUCAUGCAGAUCACCCAUCCCGACGACCAGAACAUGCUCAAGCAGCAGCUGAUCCCCACCGAGCUGGAGAACCUCUUCGACGCCCACGGCGACUCGAAUGCGGAUCCCGACGCGGAUGGGGAGCCCCGCCAGCGGAGCAAGUCCGAGGAGGACUACAUCGAUCGCAAACUGCGCGAGGACAGGCGCAGCUUUCGCGUGAGGUUGGCUCGAGCUGGUCCCAGAUCGGAACCCACGGCCUACGAAGUGGUCAAGAUCGAUGGCUGCUUUCGGCGGAGUGACGAAGCUCCGCGGGGAGUACGAUCCAAUACCUUCAGCUCCAAUCUCCAGUUGAUCAGAAGGACUCGCGGUCGCGAUGACGUCAUUCCAUUGCACACCAUCAGCGGCAACGAUAUCAUCCUGACAGCCUGCGCCCGCAUAAUUCGUCCGCCGAAGAUCGCCAGUCGGCUGAUCGACGCGAACACGCUGGAGUACCGCACGCGGCACCUGAUCGACGGCAGGAUAAUCGACUGCGACCAGAGGAUCGGCAUCGUGGCGGGCUACAUGACGGAGGAGGUGCGCAACCUCAGUCCGUUCACCUUCAUGCACAACGACGACGUUCGCUGGGUGAUCGUGGCCCUUCGCCAGAUGUACGAUUGCAACAGUUCGUAUGGAGAGUCGACGUACCGCCUGUUCACCCGGAACGGAAACAUUAUCUACCUGCAGUCGAAGGGAUACUUGGAGAUCGACAAGGAGACCAACAAGGUGCACUCCUUCGUCUGCGUGAAUACACUUUUAAGCGAAGAGGAGGGCAAGCGACGGGUGCAGGAGAUGAAGAAGAAGUUCUCGGUGAUCAUCAACACGCAGAUCCCGCAGUCCACCGUCGAUGUGCCCGCCUCGGAGCAUCCGGCGCUCCUGGAGAAGGCGGUGCUGCGAUUGAUCCAGAACCUGCAGAAGACCGGCGAAGAGGGAGGCCACGAGGAGGCGGACGAGGACGAGGAGCUCGAAGGCGAUGACGACGACGAGGAGGAUGACGAGGAUGCGGAUGAUGGGGCACGCAGCGCCUCAGAGUUCGGGGAUCCACAUGGCAGCGGUGCCACCCAUCACCAUCCUCAUCAUGCUCAUCAUGUGCGUUCGCAUCACAGUUCCGCGACCUCAACAUCCACUUCACAUGGCCAGGGCAGCUCCAAGACUCCGCCUCUGGCACUCGUGCCGCCGGAAACGGCGUCCGUGAAGUCAUCGAUCUCGAAGAGCAUCAGUGUGGUCAACGUGACGGCGGCGAAGCAUUUGCGCGGUGUCCACGGUUCGGCGGCCAAGUCGCCCAGUUCCCAAGGUACUGGUUGCACCUGCAGCGAAUCCCACUCGCCCUGCGACUUCUGCCAGGGUCCACUCACGCCCGAUCCCCAGGCUAUUGGGUCCACCCUAAAGAGGAGCGGCUCUGCGCUCGCCGAGAGCGAGGAGAAGGUCGCCAAGCGGCGCUUCAUCCCCAGCACAGAAAUCGAGCACGUGCUGCACACAUCUCUGAACCAAAUCGGCCGAAAUCUGACCCAACAACUUAAUGUUGCCAGGAAUUUGAGGGAACAGGGCCAGCGUUACGAUUUGCCGCACGCCAAUCAGCGAUUCGAUGAGAUCAUGCAAGAGCAUCAAAAGCAGAGCGAGCUGUAUGUGAACAUCAAGAGCGAAUAUGAAGUGCAGCUGCAGAACAAGGCGAGCACCCGGAAGUCCUCGGAAUCGGAUCGGGAUCGGAAUCAGAAUCAGAAUCAAAAUCAGAAUCAGGAUCAGCAGCAGUUGCAGGACGAGGAUCUGAAUUAAGGGGGAACGAGAAGGAGAGAGUGCAGCUCUCGACUGAAGGGUUUCAUCGAUGUGAUAACUUACUGUCCUGGCAGCCAGCUCAAGUCCCAAAAGAGGAAUUUCCCAAAAAGAGGGAAACUAAAUGUAGAACCAAUCGGUCAGCUGAUAGGUAAUUGCUGCAGAACAGAUACAGAUACAGAUACAGAUAAAGAUACAGAUACGGAUACGGAUACGGAUAGAUGACCUCUGACCCCAAACCUAUGAGUGAGCCUGAGACAAACAUACUUUAGAUGCCCACAAAAACCCACACACACACACACACACGCACACACACACAAACUCGGUUUGAUCAGUUUGUUGUUUUUUUAAACUUUACGUACCAAGUAGAGAGGAAUUUUACAUGCAUGUAGAGCUAGUUACCAGUGUAAAGUGGAGCUGUUUCCGUUUCCGGUUUUUGAACUUGCUCCACAAAUUCGAACUGAAGCGAACGUUUCUCAAUUUUACUCCGACCAUCUAUUUUCCAACUAAAAGUGUCCCCUAAAGUAAAACAAAUUUUAAUAAAAGUAUGUCGAAAUCGAAAUCGCAAACGGAAAUAAAUGCUGGAAGUCGCACACCGCUAAGCUUUAGCAUAAACGGGAGGAUUUAAACAAUUACUAGGCUAAAUCGUAAUAUAAAUAAAAUAUAUUAUAUAUAUAUAUAUAUACCUAUGUACCAUACGUUGUGCGUUAUGCGCAUAGCCCAAACUAAACGUGAUAAAAGACUGUUACCAACUACAUAAACACAUACUACACACAUCUAUAACUAAAAAACGUAAACUUAAUUCGGUAUAGUUUCGUAUAUGAUAUAAAGUGAAAUAUUCACACGCCCACACACAUGGGCCUGGCAUAGUUAAAUUAAAUAUACUGUACGAACACUUUUUAUAGAUGUUUAAUGUUGUUUUGCUAUAAGAUAAAUCCGGUGCACUAACAAUUACAAGUGAGCCAAGUACAAUUUACACAAAUAUAUACAUAACUAGAUGCAUAUAUGGUUCGAUGUAAACUAACGAAUCGGUGUAUAAACAAAAACAAAAAAAAAAAAAAGUGAAUUAAAUUGAAUUGAUAUGAAUUGAAUUGAAAUAAACACACACACAAAAAACCAGAAAAAGCUAAGGCUUAAAAAUAAGAGAACUCUGUUAAAUGUUUGUUAUGCAUUUGUUUUUUUUUAUCUAAAUUAAUAUUAAACUAAUGUAUUAGUGAAUAAACUUGUGUACCUACAUACAAAACAAUGAUAAAGCA